AUUCAUAAACGAAACUGUCAAAGAGCUAGUUGUUAUGAAAAUAUUCGCUAAUUUAUUUUUCGCAUUUUCGCCUGUUGAUAACGUUUAACUCUUUAAUUUUCUUUUUUGCAUUUUUUAUUUUAUUUUUAUAAUAUAUGUAGCUUUCAAAGUGCGUGCAAAUGAUCACAAAGUGAUUGCUACAUGGCCAUAAUGUCUUGUGCUGUUCCUUUUUGUUUUGUCCAGAAUUUUUUGUUUCUGGUUGAAUUCCGAUGGAGGAAGUAAGGCAGCUGGUGCAAGAAGAAGGCCGGGAGGCGCGUAACCUGGUCGCGUUUCAUGUCGCCGUCGAUACGCCAAACCGAAUAUCUCGCAAGCCGCCCCGCGCGGGCGCUCCGCCGCCUCGGCGAGCGACCCCGCGCGCGGCCGCCCGACUCCGCUCCGCCUCGGCUGGCCGGGACAAGCGCUCCGAACUGAGGGCGCGCUACUGGGCGCUGCUGUUUGGGGAUCUGCAGAGAGCCAUUGGAGAAAUCUACAACACCGUUGAGGCCCAUGAAAACCUAAACGAGUGCCAAGAAGUAAUACUAGUUUUAGAGAAUUAUACACGUGAUUUCAAAGCAUUGGGAGAAUGGUUUAGAUUGAAAUGGGAGUACGACAAUACUCCUCCACCGCAACGGCCGCAGAGCUUAGCAUGGGAGAUAAGAAAGACUGAUUUCGUACGCCCCGAGUCGCGCAAAGGCCACUCUGUGAAGAGUUCGCCAUCAGUGUCGGGCAAAAACAGCCCAUGCUUCUCUGGACACAACACUCCAAGUGGUAAAAACAGCCCAAACCUAACUGGCAAAGCCAGUCCUGGUAGUGGGAAAAUCAGCCCGAGAGUCACAGGACAUUCCAAUACUAGUCCGAAAGCAAACGUAGAGUUUUUCAGCAGCAAAAUCUCGUCGAAAAUUACUGCUAAACCUGAGCCUAAGUCUGCUAAAGAGAUAUCAAGACUGUCCGAUAUUAAGGAGAAGGAUAUUAAAGAUACAGCAGAAGAGAAUGGUGUCGUUAACAAUGUUGUAACAAAAGACGAUGACAAAGAAAUUAAACCAGCUAAAGAUGCUCCAGCUCCAGCAGUUGAAAAGGACGAUAAACCGGUAACACCGCCUGUAGUAGAGAUAGGUAAAGCAAAAGAAUGCCAAAAUGCUUGCCCCAAGCUGGUCGUCAUCAAGUCGCCAAAGCGUAUGGUACAGCAACAAGAGGAUAAUAAAGCAUUACACAACAAUGAUUUAUCUAGCCAAGCUAAGGCCACCAUUGCAAAACUUGAUGCUAUGGAAAAUGAAUUUUUAGCGAAGCAUUUGACCGAAACUGCAGCUAAAAAUGACAAUCAACUGAAUCUAGACAAAGAAGCUGAUAUACCCGUCAAAGGUCCAGAUUUAAGCAAUGGUCUCAAGGAACCAGCUGAUACUGUUAGUGACGAGAUUAAUUGUGAUGAAGAAAAUGUUGGAGAUGAUAACAUCAACUUUGAUGAGCAAGGAAGUGGAUCCACAGAAUCUCCUGAAAAAUCUGAUGAUAAUUUCGCCGAUGUGUCCAAUGAAAGCUCUUACAAGUCAAGUGAUGAAAAAUCACCACCAAACGAAGUUGUAGAUAAUACUACAAAUAAAGAUAUUGAGAAACCAACUGUUGUACAAGAGGUAAAAAUUGAAACUAAUCGUAAUGAAAACUCCAUCUCUAAAACUCAAGAUGAACAAGACGCUGAAGAAAAGAUUUGUAAUGGAACUGAAGAAUCCAAAGACAGUAAAGAUACAGAAUCAUUGCUAGAUGAUAAAGAAAUAUUGUCAAGCGACGUUAAAGAGACUAAGAAAGAUCAAGAGUCUAAGAGAAAUGCAACUGAAAAAGUGAAUGCUAGGCCAGCCUAUUCCCAAGCCGCAGCUAAACCAAAACCAGUGACAACACCUAAAGCAGAGCUUAAAACACCGACCAGGCUGAUUGCUCGGAGCAAGACUGUCGUCGAAAUGCGGCCCAGUGCAGGGCCUAAGGGAACAGUAUUCACAAAACGCAGUCAAGCAAGCAAGUGCAGCUACCCUUUCAAUCUCACAACUGGAAGGACUAGUCUAUUUGACGCUCCGACGAAUAAGACUGUCUCAAAGAAACCGGUCAAUCGUGCUCAAAUGGGUUCUGGAGAUAGCAAGAACACAACCAAAGCUGAUUUAAAGAAACGUCCGCCUCGUCCAGUUUCUCUGAAGAUAAAUGAAAAAGGAGACAAAAAAGAAAAGAGCAACCCAUCUUUUGAUAAAAAAGAUGGCGAAGAAUAUAGCAGCUCUGAUACAAUUGUAACACAGAUUGACAUGUCCCGUAUUGAAUCCAGUGAAAGCUUGAAGACUUUAGUCCCUGAAGAAGCGGACGUUGCCAAUUCCGUCGAAGUAUUAAACGUGGAUCAUGUGAAGACCGAUAAUGAUGGCUGGCUCACUGUAAAGUCUAGACGCCUGAGUCGCGAAUCAAAGAAGCAAUCGAAAUCGCAUUGGGCGAAUAGAUUCCACCAACCGUCGGCGACAACAAGCUUGCCAACAUUAAACAUGAUCGAAUCUCCAAAACAAGAAGUUAAGGAAAUAGUUUCUACUUCAAAACUAGAUCGCGCAAAAUCUGAGCAGCCACAAAAUAAACCAGAAAAACCUAAAGUAUCGAAACCAAAGGAAUUAAAGGAAGCUAAAAAAGAUUUGUCGAUAAUCAGACAGAAAUCUGACGUCACUGGUCUCAAAACUCGUACUUCUAGAAGCAAGGCUUUGAAGAGAGAGAAAAUCAAAGAACCGAAGGAUGAUGGAUCAGAACUUACUAAGAAUCGCUUACAUUCCUCUUUGGAAAGUCUGACUACUGGGUUAGCAAGAUCACAAGAGAAAACCCAAGAGACUUUUGACUUCGACAAAUGGAAGUCGGAAUUCAUGACGACAUUCAAAUUCUUAGACGAAGACGAUCAAUUGAACGAUCAUAACGAAAUCCUCAAAUCAGCUGAUCCAUCAGAAAUGUCGGAGAUUGCGGAGAUGACGUCACAGAUUGAGGAGAAUGAAAGGAAGAUCAGUUGGGCGUUGGAUUUCCAGUCUGAGGUUGAUCAGAGGAAGCUGUGUGAGGAGGAGGACUUGUUGAACAGACAGAUCAUGGAACUGCAACAAGUUUCCGAUAUAGAUUUGGACACUGAAACUGAUGAUACUGAGACUGAUGCUGAAAUCCUCUGCGAAGACACAUCAGUGGGCGCUUCAUGCCAGUCUACCGAGAACCUCUCUCUAGCGGCGAGUCUAGAAGACCAGUACGAGACGGCGCUAGCUGGCAUGUCGUGGGCAGAGCGUGUCGAUACCCUCGGAGCGUUGGAGGCGCUAGUGGCUAGGGAUCCAGGCCGCGCGCAGCAGCUGCACGCCAAGCUGUCGCAGGGCAUCCGGCGGCGCGGCAGCCUGCAGGACGCGCUGCGCCGGCUGCAGCUCAAGCAGGCGCGCGCCGAGCGCCAGAGGCUCGAGUACCAGACCCAGCGCGCCAGGAAGAUACACCAGCUGCUGGCCAGGGUCGAGGAGGUCAAGGUUGCCAAGAACCAAUUGAUUGAAGAAAAGCGGUUACGUAUGGAGAGGCGAUUGCAGAAGGCAGCUGAAAAUAGAGACCAACACCUAAAGGACAUAGUCCGCAAGGCCCACGACGAAGAGGAGAAACUCCGCGAGAUAGCCUUCAUCAAGCAGCUGGAGGCCGAGAACAGGCGCCACGAGUUCCUCGACCAGUGUCGCUCGCACACCACCCGACUGCGGCAGAUGAGGCGAGACAGACUCUCCAAACUGGAACAAAAAGCAGCUCGCGAGGCGGCGGUAGGUGCUCGCAGGCAAGCGCUAGAAGCAGCUAGGAAGCUCCAUGUGGAGACACUUUUAGAGAAGAGGAAGGAGAGAGACGCCAGGGUCGAAGAACUGAAGGAGCUGAAGAAACAAGAGAGAGAUGAUGCGGCAAGAGAGAAGGCCGAAGGUGUGAAGUCCCGCCUGUCAGCGCUGGCGGCGGCCGCCGAGCUGGAGGCAGACGCGCUGCGCUCGCGCAUCCGCCACAAGCAGGACGCCAGCCAGCUGCGCCUCGACAAGCAUCUGCAGGCCAUACGGGAGAAGGCCACCACCGGACCCCGCCAGCCGACCACAUCAGAAAGCCAAGACCAGACGUCCAAAGAAGAGAAGGAACUGGAAGAAGAAGCGCAAAGACUGGAGCAGGAGCGACGCGAGCGUGAAAAGCAGAAGGCGAUCAAGAAGAAAGCCAGGAAGAUCAAGCAGAAGCUGUUGAGCACAAGCAACGAAACAAUCGUAAUGGAUGAGACAACUAUCAUAGAAUUCAUAACACCGGCCACAACUAAGACAUGCAAGGUCAUACAUCAGAUCUCACACAUCAUAGAGCCUCUUAUGGAGUGCUCGCACGACCACCACCACGAACACAAGAAACCAGAACCCAACGGCGUGGAGGAGACCGAGAAGAAGAAACACAAGAAGAAGAAGGGAAGUGCAGAAGAGAAGAAGAAGGACAGUCCUGAAGGUAACAACAACAAAGAAGAUGUAAAAGAAGAUCCAGAACCUUCUUCAAACAAGAAGAAGAAGAAGAAGGGAGGUGACAAAGACCGUCCCAAACUAACCAAGACCAGUUCCGUCUGUUCGUCUUUGUCUGACAUGAGCUACGGAUCCACGAAGACAGAGAAAGCUAAACACGUGAUAGAGAUGCCGUUGUUGGAGAAGCAGCUGAAUGAGCUGAUGAGGAUGAUGGAGAAGUUUACUAAGCCGGGCCCUAACUUCCAACGCGGGCGUCUGGGCGGGCUCGGCAAGCUGUUCACCAUCGGCCUCGGGGUGCGGCUGCGCAGUGUUCCGGCAGUAGAAAAGAAUUCGCUCCACAAGAUCCACCUUCUGAAAGUGAUUGGACAACUGCUGGCGAUCGCUUCUGAUCGAGAGGAUGCCAUCUCGCAGUUUACCCCCAAGGCCCUGUACACGGCGGUGACGCUGGUGUCGCGCACUCUGUCGUCGUGUUCGCUGAGCGCGGCCUACGCCUGCAGCAGCAGCGUCUGCGUACAUCUCGUCAAACUGCUCAGCAUGCAACUGGAAAAAGACCUACACGCUGAACAACGCGACAUGGACCUAGCUAAACAGAUGGGCGACUGUCUGUCCAUCAUCCUGGACUCAGUGCUGUGCUCCACGCGGCUGUACGAGGCCAAGGAGAUAGAAGGAGAAGAUGCGGCCCUCCUCACCACGCUGCGAAGCAGAGCACAUACCUUGAUCAGCUACAUGUGCCUGACCGGGUGUAUAACUCGCGCGGAGAAGGCCGGCACGGCUCGCGAGAGCAUCCAGACUCUGCUGACGGUGUGCGCUGAUCUCUGCCAUCCUUGUGACAUCGAUGUGGGUUCUGAACGCAUGUCAGCGACCCAGUCUCUCCGCUGCGCGCUGGGCACGAGCGUGUGCGGCUCGCGCGCCGAGUUCUGCAUGCUGUUCGCGCAGGGCGCCGGCCUCGAGCACAGCGGCGGCUUCGUGCGCGCCGCCAGGACCGCGCACCUGCUGCGGGCGUUAGCCGAGCUCGAUCAUACCAUCGUGCAGGACGCUUUCGGCGAAGGUGGUUGGCCGUUGGAAUUCAGGGCGGCGGUCGCCAGGCUCCUGUCGCAGCAUGCGCCCAACGAUAAGGAGGCGCCGCGGACCACCGCUCUGCGUCUGAGCAACCAACGCUUGGAUCAAACUCUCUCCGAGACCAUGGUGUUGGAUCUGAUUGUUCUAGUCGGAUUCGUGGUUGUCAACAAUCCACAACUAAGGGAGACCAUCUGCGACGGUUGGGGCGUGAUCAAGACCCUCUGCACUCUCCCCGCCAACUGGCUCGUCAACAAGCUGCACAGCCACGCUCUCCUGCCGACGCUCGUCGCUCUGUCGGAUUUGCCGACUGCAGCCGCCGCUAUAGCUUCCGAACUUAGCAUGGAGAUGCUCGACGAAUACAUGGAAAGCCCCGAAGCUCAAGAAGUGAAACUAGUACAGGUGAUUAAGCAGGGACGAGGGAAGAAGGCGAAGAAGUUAUGUUGUUAAGUGGACUGAGAUACAUUAGUAGAGGCCUACGUUAGUAUUAGACUUUCUGGUGUUGAUGUUUCUCUCAUAACUAACUGGGAGCCUGCAACCAUAUCUUUAAGUAAGUGCGAAAGAGAUGCCGCUCUACGUCGGUAAGUGCGUCGUCUUGCUUCCACAACAGAAGUCUUACUUAAAUGCUUGGUGGUAGGCUUUCUACUCAAUCAAUAGGGUGAAGGUACUGCUAAUCAAUAGAGAUUUGUGUGUAAUUGUCCAUUUGUUGAAUGUUGAUUUUGUUUUGUUGAUGAUUCGUGUGAUUUCGUAGAGCAUGUGGUUUUAAAUGGUUUCUUUCAUUGCAUUUGAAUGCUGUCACAAAUGAAAGUAUAUUGACAGCUACAGGGUGGUAUACUACUGUAGUUGGAUGAUCUUUCAGCUUCAUAAGUUUAACUCAAUCAAGAAUUCUAAAUGUCUAGUUUAUUUUCAAAGCUUUUUUGUUAUUGAUUUUAAGUGUUUCUUUUCUUUGUCCAUUUUCAUCGAUUGCUUCUCAUACAUUCAGGGUAUGUUAACUCCCUAUUGUGCCAUUCAUGUCUGUGCCAAUUCUUGCUAUUUUCAUCUUUGCUUUACCGUUAUUUUUUCUUUAUUUUUCUGUCUGUAGUGUAGUUGACUACUUCUGAUAAAGUACAAGAUAUUACACUUACUUUAUCAAUCUGUUUUAUUAAGUUUCACUCCAUAAUCUUUUAAUAUACUCUUGUUACCUACUCAACAAUGCAAUGAUUAUUUAGUCAUGUACGCAUGGUGUCUGUUUUAUCAUUGUUUUAAUUCUCUUAAUAUUAUCAUUCAUUCCAUUCUCUUACUUUAAGCGCACAAUGACAUAACAAACGCGCAUUUAUCAUAUACUCAUUAAGCUUAAAUACAUCAUUAAAACAAACUAGUCAAAUACCUUUUACUUAUAACUAAAAUAUCAGUAUUUUAGUGUUAGUGAACUCGGUUGAUUAGCAUUACCAGUUUCUAGUGUAUGCACGGCCGUGACGGCAACACCCGACAAAUUUUAAUAAAAAAAAACCAUGUUAGUCUUAGCUUUUACUAAAACAAUAUAGAUCGGUCUAUGGUGUUAUAGUAAGCGAUAGACUUUAUAGUUGAUAUAUUGUACACUUUUUGAUGUGAGUCUAUUUAUCUAUUUUUCUAUGGUUGUAGACUAGAACUAGACAGAAACAAAUUGUAUUUCAACAAACUUUGUUACGCAUUGGAUUUAUACGGGCGGAGGUUUCGAAGCGUGGACGUAAAUCCAUUAUAUUUUCUUUGGUAUUAGUUAGUUAGUUAAUGUAAAGGAAUUUGGUUAGUGAUAUUAUUUACUUAACAUUCUUUGUGUACUCGUUGUGUUCUUGUUGUAUGCUAGUCAAUGUCUGGACUCGUUCCAGUUGUUAUGACUCACUGCUUAACUUAUUAUUAUUGUUGUCAGCUAUUGUUUUAAAACUAUACUUAAUAUCACUCAAUGUAUAGUUAAAAGAAUAAAUUAAAUUUUUGUUUUUACUUUAUUGGUUUCUUCUUCAAAUAUUAGUUUUCGAGGUUCUUUUUCGUACUUAGGAAUUGUAAUAAUUGAAUUUAAGAAAUCUCGUAAUAAAAAGAUAUGCUAGGUUUAUUUUUUUUACUUAAUAGUUGUUUAUUUAUUUAUCUAAGAUCUUAUACAGAUAUCAAUUUUAACGAUCCUUUUACGAUAUAUAAUUUACGACCACGAUUAUAAACCUCUGCUGUUACUUAACAAAAUUAUUCUCUGUAAAAUUACUUCAUAGGAAUGAGGAGAAAGGUAAAUGUGUGUGCUAAUAGAGUGCCUUGAGGGACACUCUUGUUGAAUGUUUGAACCACGGUAAUAUAGCGUCUAUGUAUAAUGCCAGUUCGGAAUGCUGUGAUAAAGAAAUGAAAGGAAUUUAUUCCUCGUAAGAAUAAAACGAUUUUGUAAAACUUAAAACGGUGAAAAAUGAAUGUCAAUGCUUUGAAAUGCUUAUGUCAGUUCGACAUCUAAUGUUUUUAUCUAUUUUCCGAUUUUAUUUUUUGUGAUAAAUUUCUUUUACUAACAGCCCGUUUGCAUGUAUUAUGAUGGUUGAGUUACACAAUAUAAUAUACUUCGCUUGACCAUUGUAAGGGAUUCGUAAACUUUUAUUAUUAUACUUCACUAUCUUUCAAAAUACAUGUAAAAUUUCUGCUGGUCACUUGUAGUGAGUACUAUAAUGUUACCCUCAGUAGUCUUAUAUCAUUGUAUGUAAAGCUCAAGGAUAUUGGCAUUAAGAAACUAUCCAGUAAUAGGUAUAAAUGGUGUGUAACUGCAAGGGACCGGUACAGUUUACGGGUUCAUAUCCGAUGCAAACGGGCCGGGAUCUGUGAUUUUAUAUAUUAUGUUUUAAAUUAUAGAAUUUCACUUGCAAAUGUAAUAUAUGAUUUUUUUACAUUUAGUUAACUACACGUGUUUAGUCUAAUGUAUUUUAUCUGUGAUUCCUUUUGUUUAGCGUAACUUCGUGUAACUCAUGUGUACGUGGAAAAUAAAUAUUUGUGUAACAAUGA